CACCUUUGACUUUGAGUUGAGUAAGAAUUUCAACAAAAGAGAUAAGGUUUGCCAAAAUAUCCCAGCAAGGGUUUUACAAAUUUGAGUUUUAUCAUUCAGCCAGCCAGCCUCCAUUAUCAUCUCCACUCCCAAUCUUGUAAGUCUACAUUCUACUUGUCUGUUUAUAUAUAUUACAAAUGGCUACUACUUUCUCUUCUGCUAUUGAUGUGAAUUACACUAAAUUCUCACAUGGGUUUACACAAAUUAAGAGAUUGCCCACAAAAAGAUUCACCAUUUCUUGUAAUGUGAGUGACCCACAAAAGCAAAACCCCUCUUUAGCUGAACAAUUGAAGCCUCUCUCUGACACAACUCUCUCUGAGGACCCUAAGAGAGAUGCCCAAUUCUUGUCUAAGCAUAAGUCCACUUGGGUCAAUCCUGCUAGGCGCAAGCCUUCUGUGCUUAAUUUGCAGAGGCAUAAGAAGGCUUCGUAUUCGUAUACGCCUGAGGUUAGAGACCUUAAGUUGUUUGCUAAGAAGAUUAAUGAAUGUGAUGCUUCUGAGGAGGCUUUUAUGGCAGUUCUUGAAGAGAUUCCUAAGGUGCCCACGAGAGAGAAUGCACUUUUGGUGUUGAAUAGUUUGAAACCUUGGGAAAAGGCGGUGCUUUUCUUUAAUUGGUUGAAGGCCCAGAAGUUGUUUCCGAUGGAGACGAUAUUUUAUAAUGUUGUGAUGAAGUCUUUGAGGUUUGGGAGGCAGUUUCAGAUUGUGGAGGAUCUUGCGAAUGAGAUGAUUGAUAAUGAGGUUGAGCUUGAUAAUAUUACUUAUUCGACUAUUAUUUCUUGUGCGAAAAAAUGUGGGCGUUUUGAUAAGGCGGUGGAGUGGUUUGAGAGGAUGUAUAAGACUGGAUUGAUGCCGGAUGAGGUUACUUAUUCCGCUGUUUUGGAUGUUUAUGCUAAAUUAGGGAAGGUUGAGGAGGCGAUGAGUUUGUAUGAGAGGGGGAGGGCUAGUGGGUGGGAACCUGAUUCUAUUGCUUUUGCGGUGUUGGGGAAAAUGUAUGGUGAGGCUGGGGAUUAUGAUGGUAUUAGGUUUGUGUUUGAAGAGAUGAAAGCUCUUGGGGUUCGACCGAAUUUGGUUGUGUAUAAUACAUUGUUGGAAGCAUUGGGUAAAGCUGGAAAGCCUGCUUUGGCUAGGAGUUUGUUCGAGGAUAUGAUUGAUUCAGGUAUUACACCGGAUGCCAAAACACUGACUGCGCUUGUCAAGAUUUAUGGUAAGAAAAGGUGGGCUCGUGAUGCACUGGAGCUUUGGGGGCGCAUGAAGUCUAAUGCGUGGCCAAUGGAUUUCUAUCUUUAUAAUACAUUGUUGAAUAUGUGUGCUGAUCUUGGGUUGGAGGAGGAAGCAGAGGGGCUCUUUAAGGAAAUGAAGGGGUUGCAGAAUUGUAGACCUGACAGUUGGAGUUACACUGCAAUGCUGAAUAUAUAUGGAAGUGGUGGAAAUGUUGACAAGGCACUGGAAUUGUUCGAGGAGAUGGCCCAAUCGAAUGUUUCACUCAAUGUUAUGGGAUGCACUUGUCUGAUUCAGUGCUUGGGAAGGGCCAAAAAAAUUGAUGAUUUAGUCAGGGUUUAUGAAUUUGCAAUGGCCAGAGGGGUAAGGCCGGAUGAUAAGCUCUGUGGAUGCUUGCUCUCUGUUGCCUCGUAUUUUGAGGGAGGGGAUCUGGACAAGGUCCUUAGUUGUUUAGAACGAGCUAGUCCCAAAUUAUUUGCUUUCAUAAAGUUGCUUGACAAGGAAGAUACUGUUUAUGGGUCUGUAAAAGAAACUUUUAAGUCCAUACUUAAUAACACUGCAGUUGAGGCUAGAAGACCCUUUUGCAAUUGCUUGAUAGAUAUAUGUCGAAAGAGAAAUCUUCAUGUAAGAGCACACGAGUUGCUUUAUAUUGGAUCCGAGCAUGGUUUGUACCCAGGAUUACACACUAAGACGUCAGAGGAGUGGUGUUUAAAUGUUCGAUCUCUAUCAGUAGGUGCGGCACAAACUGCAUUAGAAGAAUGGGUGGAGUCUCUGACUAAGAUUGUUGAACGUCAAGAGGCAUUGCCAGAACUACUAUCUGCCAACACGGGUGCAGGAACACAUAAAUAUUCCCAAGGACUGGCUACUUCAUUUGAUUUGCAUGUGAAGGAGCUUGCAGCACCUUUUACACAGAGUGAAGACAAAGCUGGGCUUUUUGUGGCAACAAAAGAAGAUAUAAUAUCAUGGGUGCAAUCGAAGUCUCCAGCAGUUGCUGUUGUUGCAUAAUAGCACCAAGCAAAUCAUGAUUGUUAUAUAUAAUAUGCAUUAGGAUAUUAGCAACCACAAGUUAAGAUUGUGAUAUUAGCUAGCAGGAUACGACAGGUUCAUACCAUAAUUCUAUCGUCUAGCUUCUUUAUCUCAAUACACUAUCAAAGUUUUGUUAAAUAAGUGAGCUAUGUUAAUCUACUAAAUAGUUUUGUAAUGGUUUUGCUUGAUGUCAAUUUUCCUUCUAUAGCA